CAGUUGCCAACGAGUCGAAUUCAUUGUUCGUGUAGAUUGUUUAAGAAUAAAAAACAAAUUUAAAUAAUAAUAAAAAAAUAGGGAAUAAAAUCAAAAGUAACGAAAACGUUUUAAAAUAAUUUUUAUUUAAAAAAUUGGCGGCAAAAUAAAUAACUACAAUAUAAACGAAAACAAACUUAUUUAAAAGUGAAGAAUUGAAAAGAAAAUUACAUUUAAAAAAAAUAAAUUUUUUUAAACAAAUUGAAAAAGGAAAUAAAUUUCUUUAAAGCCAUGCCUUCAUAUGGUUACAUUUGUGCUUCAUUAUUUUUAACGGUGUUGUGCCACAAUACAGCCGAAGCUGUUUUAAAAUGUUGGCGCUGUUCAACAGACGUUUCGAAUGGUGAAUUUUGCAAUGAUCCCUUCGAUCCGUAUUCGAUAACGGACCAACAGCGCUAUUGGAGUUACGUCAACUGCACAUACUCGGUGGGUGUCAAGUCCGUCAAUGCUCGUCCCGUUUGCAAGAAAUUGGUACAAGAAGUUUAUGGCAAACGUGUUAUAACCCGCUCCUGUUUCUAUGAGGAUGUCGAUGAUCCCGCUGAUAAAUGUGCCCGUGAUACCACUUCAUCUUAUAUUAAGACGGUCUUUUGUCAAACCUGCAGUUCUGAUGGCUGCAAUGGUGUCUCUGGUCUAUUUCCCUAUGUAACAUUAGUACUGGUCUCAUCGUUAAUAAUAAAAUUAUUUAAAUAAAAUCUAGCAGACAAAUUGUGCUGGAGCCUAAAGCUUAAUAAUUAUUUGUAUGA